AUGUCUGAAAAUACAGUAACCAACCACACAUCUGAAGUAAAUGGACUUACUCAUGCUCCAAUAUCAAAUGACGCUCCAGCAUUAGGGAAUGGGUCAGCGGAGAUAGAAGAUGACGUGAAAAAUGUUGGAAAAGCCGAUUGUGAUGCUUUGUACAAAGAAUGUUUAAAAGUUCAGAUUCAAAAUGCAAAAUAUGCUGAACAAUUGAAGCGGAUUCGUAAAGUCAUAAGAAGGAUACAAAAAGAAAGAAGGUUUUUGGUGAAGAAAUUGGAAGGAUUUGGGGAUAAUUAUCAGUUAGCCAAGUUGAAGUACAUUGAAGAAGAAGAAUUAAAAAUACAAGAAGCUUUGCAACAAGAAGAUGAAGAUUGUGAAAUUAAGGAACCUAAGAAAACAUCAAAAAAGAAAAUUAAAGUGAAAAGACUUCAAAAUGCACCAAAGAAACCUUCAAAUGCGUUUCUUAUGUUUUGUCAAAAGAACAGAUCUGUCGUGCAGGCUCAAUAUACGAAACAAAACAUGGGUGAAAUAACACGGCAAGAAAUGACCCGGAGAUUGGCAGAAAUAUGGAAAGAGACAAGUAAAGAGAAUAAGAAAACUUACUAUGAAAUGUAUGAAAUAGACAAAGCACGAUAUGCACAAGAAAUGAAAGAUUUUCAAAAUCGAAAAUCAAGUAGUUCUCAACAAACAGAAGAAAAAGAGAUCAAAUCAGAGAUUCCUGAAGGGAAUUUAGUUAUAAAUGAUACUGAGAUGCAGUGACUGGUUAAAAGUGCUGUCAUGUCAUGAUUCAUGGUAAUGAUUCAGCAUUCUUGGAAUAGGAGUGAUUUUAGUUUGCUUACUUGAAUACCAGACAUGGACUGCUAACUGGGCGAGAUGCUGUGGUCCUGAUAUGAUUGAGCAGUCUCAUUAUCUUCCCCACUCCCCCAGGAUAAAUAUGAACUUUCCAUCCUACUUGUCUUGCUAACAUAGGAAGUGUACACUGUCAUUACUUAUCGAUUUUAAUCGGUAGGUAUGUUGAUAGGUAUUUGUAUGUCUGUAUGUAUGUCUGUUAGAUGCACGUGUUAUCUCACGAAAGCGAG